AUGCUCACCCAACCCAAACAGUCCCCACACUCCACACACUACUCUAAAACCCCCAGUCUCCAAGACACGAUCAAGGUUGCGUUGAGUAAUCCCAACUUGACGCUCCCUAACGCCCUGCGUGGCAAAUCUAGCUCCUCGCGCAUCCAAGCGACCGAAACAACCAUCAGCCCUUUUCUACCGCUGCACGUCCAGACCGUCAACAGCCACGACUCCAACAAAGACGAGCCGGAUAUGAGCGUCGACCCAGAUACGACCAAAUCCCGUGGAACCGCACGUGGCGCGGUGAAUGCGAUCAAGAUCUGUACGAGCAGGCUGCGCACCAAGUCGCUCAUCCGAGUCGACAAAAUCAAGCCCCUCUCCACACGGCUCCUCGUCUCACAGGCACACAGCACAAACAACAUCGACCAGGCUGCAUCCAUCACGGAUCAUCUCGAGCAUGCAUUUGAUCGACCGCUCACAUUUGCGAAAACGCAAAUCCCAAGCUCGGCAGCACGCCCAAGUCCCCGCUCUCCACGCUUCAUCCCGGUCGAAAAGUAG